UCACCACGAUCAGCAUCGAGCUCCAGGGCGUCGUCGCCCCGACCGAAAAAUUACCUUUGCGACUUUCCUGGCUGCUUGAAAGCAUACUCACGGCCGUCGUUGCUUGAACAGCACAUACGAACGCAUUACGGUUACAGGCCGUUUAAGUGCCGGGUGCCAACGUGCGAGGAGUCGUUUAUGAGGAAGGACCAUCUUGAAAGACACAUGCUCAAACACGUUGGCGAGGAGGACAAGCCAUUCCACUGCUCGGUAUGCGGAAGAGGCGUGAACAGCAAGCAACACUUAAAGCGACACGAGAAGACUCACUACAAGUCGUUUGUGUGUACUUACGAUGGAUGCAGCGAGUCGUUCCAUAAGCACCAAUCACUCAAGGCCCACAUCCGUGCAGUUCACGAGGGCCUCAGCGGACACGUGUGCCGGGUGUGCGGGAAGCAGUUCAACCGGCCCAGCAGGUUGGUCGACCACAUGGAGAAACACCACUCUGAGACGGCAAAGCUCAUGUGUGACUUCCCUGGGUGCUAUCAGACUUUCCGGGUUUGGUCCGCGUUGCAGCUCCAUGUGAAAACAGAGCACCCAAGGUUGGAGUGUGAGAUUUGUGGGAAAAAGUGUGUCGGUGCCACCGGUUUGGCUAAUCAUAUGAAGAUCCACGACGAGAACACAGUGAUAAAGUUGUGGAAGUGUGUCGAGUGUGGGGAGAAGUUCCAUAAAAAGGAAGACACGGUACGGCACUUUGCCGAAAGACACCCCUUGUUAGAGUUGCCCGAGGCGUUGCAGUACAACGUUAAGGAUGAGAAGGAAAGGACAAUGAAAGUAGCAAACAGUCAAAAACACAAGCUAGAUGAUGGCAUAGAGGAAGCAUUAAGAUUGAGUGACUCCGAAAGUGAAGCAGAAGCGGAAAAAGAACUCAACCAUGAAGAUGAUAAAUCCCUUUCAGACUGUGGUUUCAUUGUGUCCAGUCCUACUCAGAAUGGGUUUAAACGCCACCAGACAAACCGCGUGCCGUCAUCGCCGGAUGUGCUAGACCUGAUUAUCGACAACGUCGACAUACGUCUUCACUGUCCGUAUACCAACUGUCAUAGACUGUUCCGUAAGGACUACGACCUCCAACGACAUUUGACAUGGCAUGAGAAGCAAGACCGCAUGCUCGAGAAGAAAGUUGGCUCAAUC